UCAGUCACUGCCGCCAUGUAUCUUGACAAGAAGAACGAGGUUCCCCCGUACCGUCUGACCGGCCCUAGGUCCAUCCUCAAGUACAUUAUCAUCCUCUCGACCUGUCUCGCGAGUGCGUGUAUCGUGGUAGCGCACCGCGCGUUUGGUAACAACUAUACGUGGGAGUACCAGACGCGUUACAUGCUGUUCCUUGGUACAAGUCUGUUCGGAUUCCUGUCUUCUAUUAUCAUCCUCGUCGUCUUUCUCACAGAGCUCGACAAGGUGCUCUGCACUCGCAGAGUCAUGGAGAUGAUCAAUAUCGGCCUCUCGUUUGUUCUUGCGCUGUUAUGCGCCGUGAGCUCUGCGCUCUUGAUCUACUACGUGAACAAGCUUUGGAAGAAUGAUUUGUACAACACCAGCAAGGAUUACUGGAAAUGGUACACGGAUCACAUGCUCGUUGCCAUGGCCUGCGCCUUCCUAAACAGUAUUCUGUACAUUCUCGACAUGGUGCUCCACGCAUAUGUCUUACUGCUGUAACCGCUGAACAGUAAUCGUCGAUUCAUAAAAUGCCAACCACUGGCGAGAGUAUAGGUAGAGGCAGCUAGUAAGAGCCAGAUUUCAUAAAGGCUUGAAAAUGUUAAGUUGUAAGCGAUCUCCUAAGUGUAACACAUUUGUAACGUGAUGAUAUCUUCCACCUAAGCAAAUGUAAUUAAGGAUAUUUAAUUGCAAAUCGCUUUGUUUCUCUUGAGUGAUCUAGUAUAGAUGCAAUCAUGUCAUGAUUGGUUCUUUUUAAAUAUUAAAAUAUCUUAGCAGGAUAGUAGAACGAGAAAGGCGGCGCACUUUGAUAAAAUUUUAGCCAUGAAAAUGUAUAUUUAACACAGGCGCAUUUUAAAAAGGUUAUAGCAACCUGCCUAUCACUUAACAUUUCAAGGGAUCCUUUGCUUGUACCUCUCUCUCGGCGUUAGGAACUGUGGGGGGUGGGGUGGAUGCCCUCACUUUGACCAUUCUUGAUAAGGUGGACCCUAGAGUUCACCCCCUCUCCCCCACAAACCUCAAACCUUUUAGAAUGCUCCGUCCGGUAGCCGCAUUGUCUGACUUUAUCGUGUGAAACUCAUUCGAUCCUGACUUCAAUCCCGCCGGGUUAAAGAAAUAGGUGAUUUGAAUAAUAGUUAGGGCUUGUAGACAGAAUGAAGUAGAAUAGUAGAAUUUUCUUAAACAUCUCUUUUCUGUUAUAAACAAUGUUCUAGGAGUAAGCAAGUACCUAGCCUGUAAACUACACCUUUGAAACACAUGUGAUUAGCUAUGAUAAGUACUUAAAUAAACCUUUAAAUGAUAAGUCAUA